AUGAACGGCAACUACAACUUGCGAUCCCGGGGCCAGGACCUUGAAGCCAGAUACGGCAAGCUACCAUGGACGGCAUGCAGUCGCCCCCAUCGCAUCUCGACGCCUGAGAAGGAUCGAGCGCAGACUCGACUCGACCCUGUCGGCUGCCACCCGAGUCGAUGGGUCUACGAUCUGCUCAACAAUGAUUUCAUGACGUGCGACCUCGUCGACCGAGCCAAAGGCGGUCAGCUGCCCGUACCGUUCGAUACCUCUCACGCGCAUCGACUCGUCAACAGCGGCAAACAAAGCCAUCGCUGGGCCACUCAUACAAUCACUUCGACGCUAUGUUUGGACUGCCACUUCCACUUCAUCAUCCGCACCUCAUGGCAACAAGCGCAUGCCAGCACGCUCUGUAGCAAAGCCCACGCGGAAUGGGUACCCUUCGAGGACAGACCGUGCUUCCAUCACCUCGCCUAUGCCGGUACCGAGCCCGAGAACAUCAUCGACGCAGAAAGACAAGACGGCAGCAACGUCGUCAGCCGGGAGACGUUUGCCUGCACCGCUGCGCAGUGUACAUUUACAGUGACGGUCGAUGUGUGCGAGCCUCGCUUGAGCACAGACAUGUUGGAGCUGCUGCAGGACGAAGACACAAUCCUCAAGGCGCUCAACACCGCCAGACAGAACGAACCGGAAAGAUACCAGGUCGCUACGGACGAAUGGGCAAAGCAGGCGCCGCUAAAUCUCAACACGUACUUGCGUAACAUGCUUGAGGACCCACCCGACAAACAAAAGACGAUAUCAAAGCGUAACAAGCGAUUUGCCGUGGUGUUUGGUCCACGCUGUUUUGAUUUGUUUCGGUACCUGGGGUUUGCAGAGGAGGUCACGCUUACAGAAAACGGUGUAGACGAGGGAUCCUUCAUAUCCGAAUACCCACCACGCCCGGCGGAUGCGUGGGGUCCUACCGAGAUAGGCUCUAGGCGCGCAUUCAUUGAAGACGCGCGGUCCGAGGUCCAGGCUCUGAUACACAAAAAAGGCGUGACCUUUGACGAGGCCCAGAAGCCGCAGUUUGUCAAUGCCUUGAUACACGAGCUCCUUGGCGUGGAAGAGAUCCUGAACCUGGGAGACAAUGAGCUGGUCCAGAGCCACAGCCACCAGCUCAUUGGCGUGGUCCCCGGUCUCCAUCAAAUUGCCAUUGUCAACGCGUAUUUCCAGCAGUGGAAUCUGCUACCCGCUAGGAGACAGGAAAUGAUUGUUGCGCUGGCUUUGAUCGCCCAACACCACCCUGACGAUGCCCUGGCCGAAUACGCUGCCACGCAGGACUCUGUCUAUGGGGCAGUGGCCAGUCCUGGCAGCCCUGUCGGCAAGGCUUUGGCGCUCUUGGGGCUGCCGCCUCCCAACAUAUAUGACUAUGGCGAGAUUAUGGCCGCCUAUCGGCAGAAGCUUUUCGAAGACCCGGCUCGCAUUUCAGACUUGCGCGAGGCUUUGAUGGCGCUUGCUACGGACUGCCAGAAGGAAGACAUGCAGCUGAGGCUGGUUGUGGAAGGAGGCGGCGAGAGCAUGACGGCUGACACGGCAAUGGCCGUACUGGGCUGUUCGGAUGCUGCCACGCCGAUUCAGUGGUUGGGCGCUGCGGAGCGUCUCUUGGAGAAGGCCGAGGACCCCAGGGCUAAGCCAGCGCUGCUUCAGGCCAUCCAGACCCUGGUCUCUGACCACGACGACCCUUUGAUUAGGGACCGGUGGUUGCGUAUGAACAGCGUGCAUGCCUCGGGCACCAGCUCGAAUGUGCCCAUCUGGGAGCAGCCGGGCGAUAUUGGAUUGCCGGUUGGCCUGAGCAACAUUGGCAACACGUGCUAUCUGAACAGCCUGCUGCAGUAUCUCUUCACUGUCAAACCAGUACGCGACAUUGUGACAAAUUACGAGGCGUAUCAGCUUGAUAUGGACGACAAAACGCUGGAGGAGCGUAGGCUCGGCGCCAACAAGAUGAAGCUGGAUCGCGCCGAAGCCGUCGUGUCGCAAGUCUUUGUCAAGGAGCUCGGUGCCCUUUUCGAGAGUUUGGUGGCGUCCGACAAGAAGGCACAGAAACCAACGCAGCGCCUAGCGAACGCCGUCUUGUUGGAUACUAAUGACCUGCUCCAGGGCGCGCACAGCGAAGCUGAAGCCAAGGCGCCUCCGUUGCCCGCGCGGCCGUCGCCUGCCUCACCCGCCCACGACGUGCCAAUGGGCACAGCAGACGGCCAAGAAGCUGCGAGCAAUGCGUCCACUGCGGUGGACGAUGAGAGCAGGCCCGAGGUUACACAUGCGGAGGAUGCUAUGGAGGACGCCGUCAUGGAGGACGUCGAACCAUCCAUUGAGGAAAAGGUUCAAAAGGCGCUGGAGGUGCAGAAGCGCAGCUCUGGCACCGAACAGCAGGAUGCAGAGGAGGUCAUUGGCCGGAUGAUCAACCGCCUGCAAGCCGCCAUCCGCCCGACCGGGGUAGACGAAGCGACAGGCAUCCAGCUGGAGAAGAUUAUCGAGACUUUCUUCCUGACGACGGUCAACUACACCAAGAAGUUUGACGACACCGCUUACCAGACCGAGGUUAGCUACGACAGAUCGAUCACUGCCUUCCCCGCUGCGGAUGGAUCGUGCUCGCUCGAGGAGGCGUUGGGUCGCAACUUUGAUCUGCAGGUUCUCGAGGACAGCCGCCUGUUGCGCUACACUGCGAUCCGCCAACUGCCGCCGGUCCUGCACGUCCUGAUCCAGCGCACGCAGUCGAAUGGCACCAAGAAUAUGCACCCUGUUGUCAUCCCAGAAAAGCUAUCACUGGACCAGUUCAUGGACGCACAGCAUGACUCGGAGGAGUUCACACGCCGCUCCAAAGGGUGGGCCCUAUCGCAAAGACUGCAGGACGUCAACAGGACCCUGAAUCAAACAGUCAAGUCCAACGAGGGUAGCGCUGCUCUCUUGUCUGCCGCAGUCGCGAGCGUCGAAUCGUCUGAAGACGCUGAUAUGGGGGACGAACCGGAAGAGGAUUGGACUUUUGAUGGACCUGUGGAAGAAGACUUUAUGAUAGUCAACCAUGAGGGCGUGGGAAGCAAGGAGCGGCCUGCGCCGCCAGAAGAUCUGGCUGCCGCAGAGAACGAGCUCAACGGCAUGAUCCAAGCAGAGGGACAGGAGCUUGCGGCGGAGCUCGACGGUCUAUAUGCUGGGGCGAGCGAGAACGUCUAUCGGCUUGAAGCGGUGAUCUGCCACAGAGGCCAGGCAGCGUCUGGCCACUACUGGGUGUGGAUCUACGAUUUCGAGGACGGGCUGUGGCGGCACUACAACGACGAGACGGUGGAGGUCAAGGAGUCGACGGAACAGGUGCUGUCGGAGCUCAACACCAAGGGGGAACCCUACUACCUUUGCUACGUGCGGGACAGCGACAAGGAGAAGUGGGUGGAGGUGCCCAAGCGGACGAUGGUGAAGGAGCUCUAG